AUGGAACCCAGACAUGUGGAUCCUGACCACUUCCGCUCUACUACACAGGAUGCAUACAAGCCUUAUGAUCCCUCGGCGUAUAAAAGAAACGAUCCUGUUUCUGAUGAAAAGAAACGAGGACCCCGUCACGUUGACCCCAACCACUUCCGUUCUACUACACAGGAUGCGUACAAACCUAUCGACCCGUCCGCGUACAAAAUUAGUAAUUCUGUUACUAAGGCUGAUGAAGUUAAGCCACGUCAUGGUGAUCCUGAUGUUUAUAGGAGUGUUUCGCAUGAUUCGUAUGGUCCGAUUGAUCCUGAGUUUUAUAAACGUGAUACUACUCAUGUGUCUGAUGAAGAUGUCAAUCGUCGUUAUUAUUGUCCUGAUGCAUACAGAUCUGUAUCUCAGGAAUCUUACAAACCUAUUGUUGCUUCAGCUGCUCAAGAAGAUAAACCACAAUCUAAAUCUAAUGAGAAUGCUGUUCAGGUCCCCCCUAUUGUGCUACCACAGCGUGCGUCUGCGCGAGAAGCUGCAAAAGCCAAACGUCAUGGUGUUUCUUCUGCGAGAGGUGUUCCUCCCAGCUCAGCACGAUCUGUGGGGAAACUAAGUUCGGCAACACCACGUGUUGUUAGAGGGCCAGCUGCUCAAAAAGGAACCGCGGCUCCACUAUUUGUUGCUCCAAGAUCUGCUGACGUUCCAUCAUCUACACGAGAUUACUCUUGCCCUUGUCACACUGACCCCGAGGUUUACCGCAGCACGUCGCAUACUGAUUUUAAGGCGCACCCCAUUGCCCCUGCACGUGCUACUCAAGCAGGUGCUUUAUUGAAAGCCAGAGUUCCAGAUAAUCGUGAUUUUGCCAGUGAAUACAGGAGUAACUUUCCAAAGCAUGAGUUGCAGCCUUUCCAGCGUCCAGUAUCGGGUCCUGUGGUAACACCACGUCAUGUUGAUCCAUCGAUGUAUACAACCACUACCAGGGCAUCUUUUUCCGAUUACUGGAAACGUUGA